AGGACUCUUACCCACGUUGCCGGAAGUAAGAAGUCACUGGGGUGCGUGCGCCGUGCUGUUGGAAUGGAAACGUGUUUUGAUGGUGUUUGGUCAGGUCAUUCUCUCUUUUUUUGUUGACAUAUAUUUUAAGGAUUCCAACAUUUUUUUUUUUUUUACAUUUAAAAUUCGAGCAACGAGAUGUAUCAGGUUGUGGAAGGGCAGUUUGAUGACGCAGAGGAGACGCGAAGUGAGUCUGAACUCAAUCACGUCCCUGACAAGCCCUCUAUGGAGAAGCGACUCCAUGAAGUCACUUUACAGACCUCCGAAAAUGAGGAGGACUAUGAUGAUGAAGAUUAUGAGGAUGAGGAAGAUGACGAUGAAUGGGACUGGAAUGUAUCAGGAGGAGGAGACUUCACAAAACGCUACACUGCAAUGAGGGCUGGGAAUAAUCCUCAGGCUAAUCGUCAAAAUUCUAAUAAUAAGUCGUUAAAAAUGUCCACUCCAUCAGACAAGGUCCUGAGGAAAUUUGAAAACAAAAUAAACCUCGAUAGACUGAGCUAUGCUGAUUCAGUGAUCAAUAAAGUCACUGUGAUGCAAAAGCAGAGGGAAUCAGACACUUUUCGAGUAAAGGACAAAUCAGACAGAGCUACUGUUGAACAGGUUUUGGACCCCCGUACUCGUAUGAUUCUGUUUAAAAUGCUCAGCAGAGGCGUCUUUUCAGAGAUCAAUGGCUGUAUCAGCACAGGCAAAGAGGCAAAUGUCUACCAUGCAACUACUGCAAAAGGAGAAAGUAGAGCCAUCAAAAUAUACAAAACAUCAAUUCUAUUAUUCAAAGACAGAGAUAAAUAUGUCAGCGGGGAAUUCAGGUUCCGCCAUGGCUAUUGCAAGGGCAAUCCCAGGAAAAUGGUGCGCACUUGGGCUGAGAAGGAAAUGAGAAACUUGAUCAGACUACAGACUGCACAGAUUCCAUGUCCAGAGCCCAUCAUGUUGCGGAGUCACGUCCUUGUCAUGAGCUUCAUUGGUCGAGAUGACAUGCCCGCCCCUCUGCUGAAGAACGCCGUCCUGUCCGAAUCCAAAUCCCGGGAACUCUAUCUACAGAUCAUCCAGGAUAUGAGAAUAAUGUACAAUGAAGCUCGCCUGGUCCAUGCUGACCUCAGCGAGUUCAAUAUCCUGUAUCAUAACGGAGGUGCUUAUAUUAUUGACGUCUCUCAGUCCGUUGAGCACGAUCACCCACAUGCUUUAGAGUUUCUUCGCAAAGAUUGCAGCAAUGUCAAUGACUUUUUCCAGAAGCAUGAUGUUGCUGUUAUGACUGUCCGUGAGCUGUUUGAGUUCAUCACGGACCCCUCCAUCACAAGUGACAACAUCAGUGAGUACCUGGACAAGGCAAUGGAGAUCGCAUCUGAAAGAACUGCAGAGGAAAGAUCCAAUCAGGACAAAGUUGAUGAGGAGGUGUUUAAGAAAGCCUACAUUCCACGCACACUUAAUGAAGUCACUCAUUAUGAGAGGGAUGUGGACUCAAUGUUGAAGAAAAAGGAGGAGGCUUCGGAGGACACAAGUUCUGACAAUAUCCUCUACCAGACAGUGACAGGCCUCAGGAAGGACCUUUCUGGUGUGCAAAUGGUACCCUCGAUACUGGAAGACUCAACCAAGGAUAAUAGUUCAAGCUCUGAGGGAGAGGAGGAGGAUGAAGAUGAUGAGGAGAAGUCAGAAGGGGAGGGUGACAGCCACCCUGAGGAAACACAAAUUGACAGAAAGGAAAGAAAGAAAUUGGUUAAAGAAGCUCAGAGGGAGAAAAGAAAAAAGAAAAUGCCAAAGCACGUAAAAAAGCGAAAGGAGAAGGUUGCCCAAAUGAAGAAAGGAAAAUGAAUCUGGUUCAGAUUAUAGCAGAGAUGCUACAUGAUGAGUGAUGGCUCCAGUACUGAAGCUGAGAAUUGUUGAUUAAAUGUCAGUCCCUUAACAAUUAUAAAUACCUGAUAUCAGCAUCAUGUGUAAAUGUUUUUGAAAUGUUUAUUAAGAAGUAUUUUUAAUAAACGUAAUUUUUUUUUCUCGUCAAA